AUGAACCCUAUCGCCCAGCUCGCGGCCCGCUCCGCACGCCUCAAUGGCGCCUCCGCAUUGCGACAAGCAAACCCAAUCGCUCGUCGAGCUUUCACCAAUGGUCCAACAACCUCAAUCUCUCGAUUCCAGCCCUCCGCCCACAAUUCCGGUCUCCUUAUGAGCCGCGCCAUGCUCCGUAACCCGGCCUCCAGCGUCGCCCGCGGCCAAUCGCGCGGCGUCGUGACCGAGACCAUCACCGUCGGAGCCGCCAUCCUGGGCGCCGGUAAGCUCAUCGGAGCCGGAGCCGCUACAGCAGGACUCAUUGGUGCUGGAACUGGCAUUGGCACGAUCUUUGGGUCCUUGAUUAACGGUGUUGCGCGGAACCCUGCACUUAGGGCACAGUUGUUCGCAUAUGCCGUUUUGGGGUUUGCGAUUGCUGAGGCCACCGGGUUAUUUUCGCUGAUGGUUUCAUUCUUGAUUCUGUUCGCUAUGUAA